AUGCGUUCUUAUUCUGAACCUCGACCGGAAGUCUGCAGAGUGCCGUUCUCUUGGGAAGAAAAGCCAGGGACUCCGAAGCUCAAUCUCAAUCCCAAUCAAACUUAUGAAGAAAAGCCAGCUGAAGAACUAAUCAGAGCAACGACCAACGUCAUUCAGGUUCCUCUUCCGAAAUCAACCUCGUUCGAAAUUCACAUCCCCGGGAAUGCGGUAAUUUCUUGGGGAUAUACGAACAUGGAGUUGUCUCCACCUCCAAUUAGAGCUCAGCAGUGGGUUCCCUGCAAAAGUUCUUCAAGGAAAAGUUUUUGGAAACAAGAUGAUGAUGACCCUUUUGCAGCCGCGAUCAAGAAAUGCACCAAAAGCAUCACAAUUCGUGGAAUGGGGCCGCCCGGCGGGAUCCAGAACUCCAUUCAGCCGUACAAGGAGAAAAAUCAAAAGGUUAAUUUUUCGUGCAAGACAUCUUGUGAUGUAAGAGAUGAUAACCUGGUGAGACUGGUUAAUUGCAUCAUUCCUCCCCUGCCCAGAGGUUUCUCCGCCAUCUUAAACCCUUUUCCAUUUUCUCUGAUCAUCGUGCUUUUCAAAACUCACUCUGUUUCAACUACCUGA